GAGGCACUGAGUCAAAGCAACAGAUCAUCUCGGUGCGUUUUGUGCUCGUGGCUGAACUUUGGAAUGUUUGUCCUGCUUCAGUUUCACACGUUUCUACCGGGACCUGGAAAAACAAGCGAGACCUUGGCACUGAUCUUCCUGUCUUGGUGAAUGGUGAGGCGGUGUGGACCAAUGGGAGUGCAGCGGUGAGGAUGCAACAUUGCUCCAGGAAAAAAUAGCCCAUUGUUCCCGGGACGUCGGAGAAGUGUGACCUCCCUCCUGCCUGCUCUGCCUGCUCGGCCCCACGGCAAACUGAAGGACUCAGUGGCAGGUCCGAUAUGAGUGGGGGAGUCAAUGUGAAGUCGGCCCCCUGUGGGCCCCCCUCAUCAGGAAUCCCCCUUCCACGCAGCCUUUUGCCCUCCUCCCCCAAAGCAGACCCCCGCCGCCGGGCUGGUGACUUGCCCAGGCCCUCAACUCAGAGUCCUAAAUACACACCCACACACACACCCACUCACUCUCCUUCACUUUGCCCGCGGGGCUCCAGCAUCCCCGGGCCGUCCUCCUCCAGGGACCUGCUGAGAGAUGCCAGUCUGACAAGUCAACUCCUCCGGCGAACGGGAGAUCUAGCUGCUCCCCUGGUAUCUCGCUCUGCCUACAGCAGCCCUAUGACCCAGCGGCGAGUAUCACCGCCGCACUCCAAAGACACACUGGACCUGGAAAAACCGGCCCCGCCUCACACCCCAACACAAUUACCACAUGACGGAAAUCACAACCGAAACACCUUCACCAAUAAGAACCAGUCAUGGGGAGCCAGCAACCUGUCGUGUGCACGACACCAGCUCAGAAGAGGGGACAACUCCAACUCAACAAGAGAGGUCACGCCAGGAAAGGAAGAGCUUCCAGAAAACCAGCCAGCCCAUUCCACAAUGUCGAACAACGGAAACCUCUGCCCCUCCAUCGCUCAAACGAGCUGCGGGCACGCCAUCAGAGGUCACAGCAACUCCAUGAGCCAAUCAGAUGAGGAGAUGGGGACUUCUGAGGACAGUAGCCCGUCCUCCUCUCCCGGGCCCCUCCCGCUGCCACCCAUCACAUUCACACUGCCGAGGAAGUUGACGUUGGCUGUCGACGCACCAGAUCAGAACCUAGACAAGGAGGCUGCGUCCACAGAGACACACACUCCCAGAGUCAACAUGGCUACGGUGGCUCCCUUCAGCUACAGGCUGCAGGUGCAGGAGAGCGAUUUCUCGGUGGACGAACUGAGUGACUGCUCGUCUGGAUCCAUCGAAGUCUGCUGUGAUGACCUAACACCAGGGGGGAUGCUGGAGGCUAAUGUGGCUAACCUUAGCAUGACGGCUAUGCCCAGGGAGCUGAACCUCAGGUCUGCCGCUGUCUCCUGCCAGGAUACCUCAGCGCAGGCCAUGGCCUCUCGGAAGCCCCCGCCCAAGCCCUCUGCUCUGCCCCAGGGGCCGUCACGUCCCUCCGGGUCAGAGCUCAAGGUUUACCGGCCCUCCCCUGGUUCUAUCCCAAUUCCAGUCCCCAAUCCAUCUGGUCUCCGCAAGCAGCGAUCACUCGGCAACUUGUCUGUGCUCACUGAUGCCGAGAAGAAGCUGCACCUGUACCAGUCUCCGCGGUGGAACGAUCUCACAAACCGGCCCGGCGCUGGCACCGACAAAGCAGGACAGACUAAAACAGGACAGGCUGGGGGUGGGAGACCGCCGCUCUCCCGCACCCUUUCAAAGUCAGAACAGUCUCUCUUCCAGGGAAAACCCAAACCUCUCUGCUCCCCAGGUGUGACUCCCAACACCGGCAAGCGAAGUCGAAUCCCUGCCCCUGGCAAACCGCGGGGACCUUAUGCCGAGGUCAAGCCCAUCAGCAAGGCUUCUGAGGUGGGCCAGAGUGCGGACAUAGACCCUGCUGACCACCCAAUUAAUGCUACCUCCAAUGGAGCUGGGAGCGCUGGGACUAAUGGCAAGAAGCCAGGGGACAAGAGGAGAUCUGCAUCUCUGUCGACGGAGGAAAAGAAAGAGGGGAAAGGGAUAGAGGGGGAAGACGACAAGAGCUUCCUGAAGGUGGACCCUGAGUUAGUGGUGACGGUGCUGGGAGACCUGGAGCAGUUGCUCUUCAGCCAAAUGCUUGACCCAGAGUCCCAGAGGAAGAGAACCGUGCAAAAUGUUUUGGACCUUCGACAGAACCUGGAAGAAACCAUGACCAGCCUGAGAGGGGUGCAGCUUAGCCACAGCUGUGUGGAGGGGACCACGUGCUACGACAGCGACGAAGCAGCCGCAUUCUCCGUUUCCAGCCUUUCGAAUCGCUCCUCUCCGUUGUCGUGGCGUCACGGUCAAGCCAGCCCCCGUCUACAGGCUGGUGACGCUCCAUCCACGGGUAACACCCAGUUAUUAGACAUCCCCCUCCGGAUCAGCCGCAACUCCCGUGUCCACCUCAUCGAAGCCCUUGACGACUCUGAUCCGUCCCCGCUGAAGGGAGACUACCUCAGCGACAGCGACCUCGGCGGGAAGAGCCCAAACGAGGAGGAUGUAGACGAUGACGAUAUCGAUGAUCUGGGGAAUGGCUGGGACGAGAGCAGUUCCAUCAGCAGCGGUCUAAGUGACGGCUCGGACAACCUGAGCUCCGAGGAGUUCAACACGAGUCCCACCCUCAACUCCCUUCCCACCACUCCCAUCGGCUCCCGCAGGAACUCAGCCGUAGUGAUGCGUACGGACGCAGAAAAGAGAUCUCUGGUUGAGAGCGGUCUGUCGUGGGACACCGAUGAUGCCAAACCGGCCCGCAAGAGCCUGAGCAGCGUCUACGAUACGGGAAGUCUCAAGUCAGAAUCGGCGAAUAGAUGGAAAAAGACGAGGCCACCGCAGGGGGAGGGGCUGGAAGGAGGGAAAGGUGAACUGAAGAAACCUCAAACCCUGGGUCAAGGAAACGUGUUGAGGAAAGGAAGAAACCCACCUGUGGGAGUUACAUCCCCAAUCACCCACACCUCUCAGGGUGGGCUGAAAGUGGCAGGUUCAGUAAAGUCAGAUGGGAAGCCCAUGGAUAAGUCCCGGUUAGCAGUGAAGGCUUCGGGUCUCCAGCGCUCCUCCUCUGACGCUGGGAAAGACCACCGGAAUGGCACCAGUGGCGGUGAACAACGUAAACCUCCAUCAGGCCUGGUCAGGCCCUCAACAGGUGGAAACUUUGGCUUCAAGAGGCCGACCUCAGCUACCAGUAACGGGACAAACAAUGCCAGCGCGUCCACUGCGAUGAGUACAGGUGGCAGUGCCAUUCCCAGCGGUUCUGCAACUGUGGGGAAGAUUCCUAAAACAUCUGGUAUUCCUGUCAAACCAGGGGCUGGUGGUGGUAGUGGUGGUGAUGGUGGACGGAAGACAAGUCUAGAUGUUUCAAGCAGCGACCAUAGUGGUUUUCUGUCCCCAAAUGCCAGGACGUCUCUCCAGUACCGCUCCCUGCCUCGUCCCGCCAAGACAAGCACAUUGACUCUAACCCGGCCGAGCUCUGCUCGCCCUGUAAGCACCACCAUGGACACAGGCUCCGGACUGAUCAAACCUUCCACUACAACACCCCAGGGCUCAAGGCUAAAAGAGCCUGCCUCAGGAACAGGGAUGAGUAAGGCAGGUGGUCGUGGGAUCCCAAGCCCCAGUCCCGUCAAUCAAACAGACCGGGAGAAAGAGAGAGCCAAAGCAAAAGCUGUCGUAUCUGACUCAGAGUGUGGAGGUGGGUCUCUGAAGAGAAGCCCUGCUCCGACCCCCUCAGAGAACGGGGUUAAGCUCCAGGGGCUGAGACCUCCCAGCAGUGGGAAGGGCAUAGAUCUGCCCUCACCCAACACACACAGAUUAUCUGGGGUGCGCAGCCUGGCAAAGCCUCCUUCCAUGGCCCAGCUUGACAAGCUGAACUCCAACAGCCUGGACAGGGGGGUCCAAGACUCCCUGCCCCCGAAGAUCCCCCCCUUCUCUAAACUCCAGGACCUGGCUAGCUCAGCAGGCAGCUCUGCUGGCCCCUGCUUGACUCCCAGCCCUGCCCCGUUGCUCAACGUCAACUCCUCGGCCUGCUUCUCAAGCUCGGGGAUGGGGUUGGGGCCCAGGCAGGUCUCUUCACUCGAGGUCGAAGGGAACAGGGGGAGCACCUCUCCCCUGCUCUACCCCCGUCUGUCCGGGCUGCAUCGGAGCAUGGAAUCGUUGCAGCUCCAGAUGAGUCUGGCUCCAGACCCCCAGGAGAGGGAGAAGAACCGGCAGAGGGAGAGUUUGGUGAGAGGCUACACCACAAUGGAGUCCAGAGACAAAGUGAGGCCGGAAGACAGAGGCCCUCCGGCCAGCUGGAGCUCUGGAAGUAAAGUCUCGUUGACUCUCACAGACAAUUCUCAGAGAGACAGAAACACACUGCCAAAGAAAGGUUUAUGCGGCACCUCCCAGGUUGAGGAGGAGGGCAAGGAGAAAGGAGAAAGGAGACAUUCUCAUACUAUCCUCAGUAUGACCGACUCGCUCACUCUUCCGUUGACGUCUUCACCCACCUCUCUGCCCCGCACCUCCAAGACCAGUAUGGUACCCAGCCCUGUCGGCGGACCUCCGAGGAUGACUCGAUCCAACAGCAUCCCGACACAAGAUGCCUCUCUGGAGCUGUACGGAGCGUCUCCACUGGGCAGCACACUGUCGCUGGCCGAGCGCCCGCGCAGCAUGGGAAUGGUUCGCUCUGGAUCCUUCAGGGACAAGGAGGCCGACGAAGUUCACGGGUCUGUGCUCUCCCUUGCUUCCAACGCCUCGUCAAGCUACUCCUCGUGCACACUAGAGGCAAGACUUUCUCCCUUGGCUGAGGAAAGGAUUCAGGGAGAGCAAAUUCGCAAACUGAGGAGAGAGCUGGAAUCGUCCCAGGAGAAGGUGUCUAACCUGACCACACAGCUGUCAGCAAACGCAAAUCUCGUGGCUGCCUUCGAGCAAAGUUUGGCAUUGAUGACAACUCGACUCCAGAGUCUCUCAAUAAGCCAUGAACAGAAGCAGGACUCAGAGCUGAUGGAUCUGCGGGAGACCAUCGAGUCCCUGAAGACCAGGAACGAAGAGGCCCAGGCUGUUAUACAAGGAGCUCUGAACAAUCCAGAUAACAUGAAAGACAUGCAAAUCCGACGUCAGAACUCAUGCGAGAGCAUCUCAAGUCUCAACAGCCUGACCAGCAUGUCGAGUGUUGGCAGCUUGAAGGACCAAGAUGCCAAGAAGAAGAAGAAAAAGAGCUGGCUGAGGAGCUCCUUCAACAAGGCGUUCAGCAUUAAGAAAGGCUCCAAAACCUACUCAGACAUCGAGGAAAUCGUCACCCCCGACUCCUCAGCUCCCAAUUCCCCAAAGAUGCCUCACGAGGGGGGAGACAGCGGGGAAAAUCAGCCCUCGUCCCUCAAAACCUCCGCUUCCGCCACCUCCUUCGUGAUCAUGGAGACUACAGAAGAGGGGGAGAACGGGGAAGCGGCGGUUUCAGAUCUCCGCUCAGAGCUCUGGGUGAAGGAGAGGGAGCUGACAGACAUCCGACUGGAGGCCUUGAACUCUGCUCAUCAGCUGGAGCAGCUCAGAGAUGCCAUGAACAGCAUGCAGUCAACGGUAGAGAACUUGAAGGCGGAGAAUGACCAUUUGAAAACAGGAACUCAACCCCAUGGAGCAGGCUCUGGUCCCACCUCCUCCACGUCCCAGCCUUCAGGCCUAGCCUCUCUCCUGGGGCCCUCUCUGAGGCAGCCAAUGAGCAUGCCCCUCACAAAGUCCUUCAGCCUCAGUCUGAAUGAUUGUAAAGAUGCAGACGUGUCUCCAGUUGAAACGUUAAGUGUGUCAUCAUCGCGGGACGAGGUGUGUGCACGAGUACUAGUCCGCAAUGGAGAUCAAGCAGAGGUCAGUAAACAGCAGCAGGAGUAUUACUUGGGCUCGGUGCCGGUCAGUGCGGGGACGGACUGGGCCGGUCUCGACUCUCUCAUAGCUAAGAUCUUCAAGGACUACCUAACUCAAGUGGACCCGACUGCCAGCCUGGGUCUGUCCUGUGAUUCGCUGCACACGUACCAGAUGACGCAGGGAGGGCAGAGGGUUAUGGGAGGCGACAAACCCCAGGCCUCACCGUAUCGUUGUCUCAGCAGUGGCUCAGCUCGAAUAUUUGUCACCUUGAAAGGUCUGCGAGAAAAAUGCGUCGACUCGCUUGUGUUUGAGACUCUGAUUCCUAAACCCAUGAUGCUGCACUACAUCAGCCUGCUGCUGAAGCACAGGCGUCUGAUUAUGUCUGGGCCCAGCGGCACAGGAAAGACCAACCUAGCUCAGCGUCUGGCCCACUACCUGCUGCAGCGCAGCCGGAUCGACUCGUCCGAGUCCGACCACGAGACCUGUGACCUGGGUCGCAGCGCCGCCGUCACCUUCAAUAUGCACCGUCAGACACAGAAGGAGUUGCAGUCGUAUCUGUCCGACCUAGCGAAUCAGAUCGACAGAGAGAGUGGAGGAGAGAUGCCGCUGGUCGUUAUCAUAGAUGACAUUAGUGAUCCAGCGGCCAUCACUGAGCUUGUGAACGGAGCGCUCACCUGCAAGUAUCACAAAUGUCCAUAUAUCAUUGGAACAACCAAUCAGCCGGUGAGGAUGUCAUCCAACCACGGACUGCACCUCAGCUUCAGGAUGGUGAUGUUCUCCAACAAUGUGGAACCAGCAAAUGGGUUCCUCCUGAGGUACCUGCACCGUAAAGCUAUGGAGGCCUACCAAGAGGAGGAGCAGGACUCGACGCGCCACCAAGCUCUCCUCCACGUACUCGACUGGGUCCCUCAGCUCUGGUACCACCUCCACACGUUUCUGGAGAAACACAGCACUUCUGACUUUCUUAUAGGUCCCUGCUUCUUCCUAUCGUGCCCAGUAUCAGUGGCAGAGUUCAGGCAGUGGUUUAUUGAUCUGUGGAACCACUCCAUCAUACCUUACCUCCAAGAGGGAGCCAAAGACGGCAUCAAGGUCCACGGGCAGAAAGCCGUAUGGGAGGAUCCAGUGGAGUGGGUGAGAGGCACCCUCCCUUGGCCCAACGCACAGCAAGACCAGUCCAGACUCUUCCACCUACCUCCCCCCAGCAUCGGUGCACUCAGUGAGGAGAAGAAGCCGCCCAAAGACACGCCUCCACCCAGCACACUGGAGUCAGACCCACUGAUGGCCAUGCUGCUGAAGCUCCAGGAGUCGGCCAACUACAUCGAGUCUCCAGAGCGGGAAGGCAGUCUGGAUCCCACUCUCCAGGCCACAUUCUGAGGAUAACGUGUGAAUGUCGGCCAAGCCGUGGAGUAAUGGACUCGUUAUCACGGAGUGCAGUCCCAAUGAGACUUUAAAGACUUGAUGAUUAACUUAAACUGUGUGCUCAGUGAGCAGUUACAAAGCUAAAUGUACAGGAUCCACAGAGAGAGGGAUUAUGGACAAAGGGUUCGCCCGGCCCCGUUGUCGCAACAUUGGGAAGACAGUUCACCUGCUUUUAUUAGUAAGCUGUGACGGCCGUGUCCGGGAAAGAUAUUGAACAUUCUUUGCCCCCAGUUUGUCCCAGAUUCAUCGCUUUUGAAUCUGCAAGUGCAUGGUAACCGGAAUAGUAUGAUGCAAUAUAUUCACGUAUACUCCUGCUGAUCAAGAACAGGCUUUUUCCUUUUCGGGUUGUGUUUGACUGAGACAACUUUCACAACAACUAUUGGUGCUUACUGUUUUUGUUUUGUUUUCUUUGAAGGCAUGUGCUUCAUCUCAGAAAGAAAUAUCACCUUAGAAAUAAAACUGAAGUCUGAUUUCCUCAAAUGUACAACGAUCACUUGACAACAGCAAAAAAAAAAUGCACUUUAUUUUCUACAUGUGGUAAUUUGAUUUAAGGAGGCUGUGUCAGUGACUGUGCAUCAAAUGGAGGACUGUCAGUUUGGCCAAAUCGUGCAGUUCAUCAGUAACGCCUCUAGAUGGCAGCAUUUAUUAAUUUCUGCCUCAGUGCCCUCCAGGUGUGCUUUUUGUCUCAUGGGUGCUCAGUAGAAAACACAAACACACACAAUAAUAAUAAAAAUGGCCUUGAAUGUUUUUUUUCAUGGAUCAAAUAUUGGAAUCAGAAGAAAAACAUGCAUGGGUGAAUAAUUAAUUGAAAAAGACGAAUGCGUUUAUGGAUGAAUCUGAAAAAAAACGCCAUCAUCAGCAGCCUGUUGUUUACUCCAGUGAUGUGCCGAUCAUAACAACGGACAUUAACCGUGUACUGAACAUACUGUAUCAUAAACACACAGGGAAGAAAAAAAACGGAAACUGUUUGUUUAUCUAGUCUGCCAAAUCGGCCUACCAUUUCUGGCUCUGCUCGCUUCUAUUCUGUACUUAUAUAGACAUGUUUUAGAACACAAACUUCUCUUGUGAUAGAUGAGGAUUGAACUUUGAAAAUCUUGAUUUUGUAGGAUUUUAUACGGAGUCAUCUCCAGUGAACAUCUGUUUACCCAACAUGCCAUUAUCAGAGGCGAACUUCCGUUGUCACUGUUCAGAUCACUUCGCAUUUUGUUAUCCCAUAGGGGAAGAGGGAAAUGUGAGUGACAAAAAAACAACACACCUGCCAACCAGUGAUAAAAAUAUGUCCACAAAAAAAAUGUCCUUCCUCAUUGCAUUUGCUCUUUAUAUAUUUGAUAAUCUUUUUCAAACGGUAGAAAUCAGUUUCCUUCUCCCAGUUUCAAGGGUUACAGUAUAAGUAAGGGCUGGGGUUAAGAAUGCUUCAAUCUCUUUUCUGAGUGGCUUCCUCUCAUCUCUUUUUUCCCUUCAUUUGCACAUAAUAUAUGUUAGAGUACUAGAUUACUAGAGUAUUUAUUGCUCACAUCCUGGCUGUUCUUGUGAAGAAGGGAGAUGGGGUUAAAAAAAAAAGAUGUAUAAAAGGAGGAAACUGUAGAUAGUGGAGAUACACCUCAACCUCUCAGCUCUGUGCCCCUUGACCCUGAAGUACCUCAGACUGCCAUAUUCUGUCCAGACGUUCCUCUGCUCUCCAAACAGCAAAAGUGCUGGUGGAAAGUAAGAGACGUGAUGCCUAAGUCUAUCUGUGCCUGCAACACUAUUUGGCCUAAAGCUGCUAAGCUGCUUUGAGCUUCCACACGGGAGGCCUCAUUGGAGGAAGCGUCUGCACCUCCUCUCACCUACUCUGAUGUCACUUGAAUGUCGUCACCUUGACGCCCCGGCUUUGGGUGGAGAGUGGGUAUUAUGGAUUUUUGGGCCUACGGCUGGAAAGCUACUGUGUGCGUCGGUAAACUCCUGCAGUAGAUGAGAAUGUGUAUCAUGACCGGGCUGCUUGUGUGUGAGAUUUUACACCAUUUUUAAAGUUCAAGUGUGAAAGACUGGGCGUCUUUGAGGAGUUUUUCCCCUGGCGUGGGAACAGCAGUGAACAGAUGUGAGCCUGGAGACGUGACGUCAAAGCAUGUAUCCCCGGUGUGUUCCCGAAGUUUUCUUUCAUUGGACCUACCACACUCAAUCCUUAUUGCGGGAGGGAUUUAAAAAAAAUAACUGGAUUUCUUCCUUUUAUUUUUCGUGUUGUUUUCAAGAGCAGACAUUUGUUAUGGGGUUUUUUUUCUUAUGCAAAUAUUUGUAAAGGUUUCUUCCUCUUUUGUACAUGACAUCGCUAUUGUACACACUGUAAAUAGUCAUAGCAUCUGCGACAACAAUCACUUAAGAAAAAGUGUAGAGAUCUAAGAGAAGGCAUGGCUCCUGUAUGCAGAAAAAAAAUGGGCGUCCUCUGUGGUUUUUAAUUGUCUUCCUCCAAGUAGGAAGGAGCACUUGAUUGAAAAGGGGUACUUUAUUAUGGUUGUCUGGCAUGUCUGACUGUAACCACAUCCACUCCCAUAUGUCUAACAUUGAACAAAGGACACAAUAAAGUCAUGCCAUUCUUCUCAUCA